AUGGACCCAGAAAAAGUACUCAAGGAUAUACUAAACAAAGUCGCUAAAGAACAAAAAUACGAGAACUGCGACAUAAAUUUCAAACAAAUAUCAAGUGACGGCGCAAAUUAUACUAGCUAUCUUUAUCUCGCCACUAUCUCUGCACCAGAUAAGGAUGACCUGAAGCUGUUUGUCAAAGUUGCCGCCAUAGGGGAAAAGAUGAGAUCGGUGGCGCCCUUCAGAAUAUUUGAAAUAGAAAGCUUUUUCUACAGAGAGCUCCUGGGAAUUUAUAAAGAUCUAGAAGAGCGACACAUGGUACCGCCCGAGCACAGACUCGUCACAGCAAAGUUCUACGCAGCUAACGACGAAUGCUACAAAGAGGCAGUAGUGUUAGAAGAUCUAACGGUCGCUGGAUAUCAAUCAUAUGACAGAUUUAAAUGUUAUACUUGGGAGUACGCAAAGUCGAGUGUACAAAACUUGGCAAAACUUCACGCCCUGUCUAUAGCCUGGUCGAUUUGUGACCCAAAAGCAUUUGAAGAUUCAGCUGAAAAAUUGAAGAGUGAACAAAACGUAGAACCUAUAAUGGAGUACUUUAAAAAUGUCGUAAAAAAUGCUAUAGAAGUAACUAAAGAAGAAAAUAAAGAACGUUUUAGAAAGUUCGUAGAAACAAUCUCAGAGAGAAUAGAUUUUGGCAAGUGGCAGAAGCCAAUACGUCGCCCAGUAGUGGCAUAUGGAGACUAUAGACCAAGCAACUUGAUGCACAAAGAACACGAGGACGGCACAAUCGAUAUCAUAUCAGUGGAUUACCAAACCCUACAAAUAGGCAAUCCGAUACUCGACCUAAUGUAUUUCAUCUACUGUGGAUCAGACAAAGCUUAUAGAAAGAAUCAUUUCAAGCAAACCUUGGAGUUUUACUACAGCGAGUUGCGCGCCGCACUAGAGAGAUUGGACGUUGUACCAGAUGAUGUGUACCCGAGGCAGGACUUCGACUACGAAGUUGAACAGACCUUACCCCUUGGCCUUGUAUUCAGCGUCUUUUGUCUCCUCAUCGUCACAGUGAAGGCGGAGGACGCGCCCACUGUCAACCAGGAGAUAGAAAUAAAAGACUUCGCAAUCUCUCCGAGCCAACUCUACACGGAGAGAUUAAAUGACAUUAUCGACGAUUUUAUCGAUAUGGGAAUACUU